AUGACAGUCCCUAAUCAGUGCUAUGUGCCUACAUGUCCUUUACUCUCCGUUGAAGGUGGCGAUCCUCAGGAAGGUUGUGAUUUUGAAGUGACCAGCCUACAGCGACGAUCAUCUGAGUCGAGUCACCACAUAUGGCCCCAACCACAAAUUACUAGUCGCCAAGAAUGCGAUAUUGUAACUACACAACUUGAAACUCUGCAUGUUGUGCCAGAUGACUCGAAUGAUGUGGACGCCACCUGGUCAUACUUACUAGUAUGCUGCGCGGCUAUUCGUGAAACGCUGGUUAGUUUGGACCAGAACAGCCGUCAGUACACUUCUUACAUUGACUUCCUUCCAACCAAAGUGCUCAUGCUCGGACAGGCGUUGCAGAUGGUCAACAUUAUUCCCCCCUCCCUCGUGACUAUUUCGCCAAAAGAAACAACUAAACAACCCCUCGCGGGGCUCGCCGACCUCCCCAAUGAACUCAUCAACAACCUCAUACGAGACCUUCCUGCCGGAACUCUCUGUUGUUUAGCUAUGACAUGCAAGCGACUUCACUACCUCGCUCUACCCAUCAUUUUCUACCGCGCAGGAAUCGAUCCUGCGAGCACAAACUUGAUGCUUCGGGAGCCUUCGGAAUGCUUCCUCCGCGCACUUAGACUUGCGCUCUUCGUCAACCCCACCACCAUCGACUUUUACCCGAAUCGAGAAGUGCACAGGAUGCUCCCGGACUUGUGUACCCUUCGCGUGUUGAUCGCGCGCAUGCCCAAAAUGGAAAGGUUGACGCUGAACUUGAGCUGGUUCGAUACCUGGUUGGAGUCGGCGAAGGGCCCGGAUAAAGUUGAUGCGGACAGGUGGAAGGAGGAGAUAUGUGAGCUUUUGGAUGAGGUGCUACUCACGUCUUGCAGUACCUUGAAAGUCCUUGGAGGCAACCUCAUUCCGAGCCCCUGUAUAUCAAAUCCGCGACGGUUCGAUGAUUCUCCACUUUCUCAACUUCAUUUGCCUGUUAGAACUCCUCUAUUCCAUCCCAAGUUGUCUCCUAAAAUUCGGAGGGUCAAGAGUCCAACUCGCUCCUCUUUGCCAGCCACUGGCGUUCUAUCAUCUAAACACCCCCAAUCUUUACGAAAGCUCCAUCUUCACUGCCAGAUGCUCUUCGAACCCCCCUUCUUAUGCUGGACCCAGCCCACCCUCCAAGCCCAUGCAGCCUCCAUCACAGAUUUCUCCAUCAAAGCCAUCCUCCAUCGAGAGAUCUGGAAAACCAUCUUCGAUAAUCUUUCCCUUCCAAACCUCUCCAAGCUCGAAUACCUUUCGGAUCUCAAACUGCACCCAUGGCCUAUAGGUCUAGAAUUCGCCACGAUUGCAACUUUCCUAGUGCGGCAUCCCUCAAUCAUGGUUCUCAACCUGUACGGCAUUCUCGAGAGGCCGACUAAGCGAGAAUCACCUCUCAAGAAAGCGAUACUCCCCGAACUAGUUGAGAUCAAAGCCCACCCGAUGUUUAUAGCGUGGCUUUUGGGCCCCACGGACGCCUGCCUGAAUUUGAUCAAUGUGACGAUUUCCUCCGAACUCUAUCCCGUAACUCUCUUCGACUACAACCUCUUCGACGACGCCCUGUUCGUCCUCGCUCACCGCUCGAAAAGCAUCGAACUGUGUUUCCAGUUCACCUUGAUGCCAGGCGCUGUACAGUGGAUGGAGGCGCACGUUUCGCAAGGUCGCACCUUGAGCAUCGUCACUCGCAUGCACGUCAAGAACCUCGGCAUUCACUCGAACUAUUGGUUAAUUAUCUUUCGGGACAUGCCAGCUGUGUUUGCGGAGUUUCUAGCGCUCUUCCCGUGCUUGGAUCACGUUGAUUUUGCGGAUGAGCGGGCUUGUCCGGCUGAGGUGGAGAGGGUGAAGGCGACUGUUAUUAAGCAGAUUGCUUUGAAGUGCCCUGGUAUGAAGACGGUAGCGAUUGAUAGUCGGCCGGGCAGUCCUUUUGUACAUUUAACGACUUUGAGGAAUUGA